AGACACCGACGAAAACAAGGCAAAAUGCAGGAUUUUUCCUCUACAGUAACGUGUAGUCCAAGCUUCAGCUUCUACGCUUCCGGCGAAUUCGCCGCUGCUGCCGUUAAAGUUUCCCGCGAAAACCAGAGCUAUAAUAUCACAGAUCACCAUUCCGACAAAGUUGAAUCCGUCAAUGACGAAGACCCUGACUUCGAGUUUGAAACGGCGCCGUUACAUGAAGAGACCUUCGUCCACUUCCCGACGUUCACACCUGUGUCCAUUGACACAGUUUUGAUGCGUAACAAGACUGACGAUGACGUGGCAGCCGACGCCGAGAAUAUCCCGGGGAAUCUUAGUUUGGGAGGAAGAUGGAGUACUCCGCCUUCGCCGUUGUGGUCGGACUCUGAAGAAUUGGACAACUUCUCCGGAAAUUGUUUAUGGAGUCCGCUCAGAUCUCCGGCGGCUGGAGGGGGACACUCGAAGAUCAGCAGACGGUGCCGUUUAAAGAUAUUUCUAACGAGAAGCCAAAGCGACGGCGCCGUUUCAUUUCCAGGCGCAUCUAAACGGUGCCGUUUAAAGGAUUUUCUAACGAGAAGCCACAGCGACGGAAGCAAGAAGACUAGCUCGACGGCCCUGAAAGGAAAGAAUAAAACGGCGUCGUACAAGCCGCCGGUGAACAAUGGAGAAGGAGAUAAGAGAAGAAAAUCUUAUUUGCCGUACAGGCGAGAUUUGAUCGGAGUUUUCACCGGGAUGCGAAGAUUACGUCAUUAAUGGAAAUUUUAACUUUCUGCUUUUUAGUUUCAGAAAUAUAGCAAUCAGGUCCUUAUUAAGUCUUUGUAUUGAUAUUAUUUCCAUGUAACUUUGUUUGAUGAUCAUGAAGUCCAAUUCAAUUGGGGGGGUUUUGGGCACUGAAAGGCGACACAACACGUGUCAUGUUUGGAAGGGAAGCUAGAUACUUCGACGGGAAAGCGGGACCCACGUGGAUCACUUGUUUCUUACCCCCUCUCCUUCCUCUUCCGCCUCGUUUUCUGCUCACACUUCGAAGUUACCAUACACAUCUCUCUACACACACAACACAAGUCCACAUUCUCGAAAUCUCCUAUCAAUUAUGGCGUUUCUUCAACAAAUCUCCAGUUUCGGAGCUCUCGAACGAUCCUCUCCGUCGGUUUUGAUCGGAUCCGGGACCGGCCGUGUAUUCGACGGAAGAGGAAUAGCGUACGGCGGCACGAGGGAAAAGGUCGGAUUCAACGGAAGGAGAGUCGGUGGUCUAAGGGUUUAUGCGAUGUCGUCUUCGUCCUCGCUGAAGAUGAAUUUGAACGAGUACAUGGUCACGCUCGAGAAGCCCCUGGGGAUUCGCUUCGCGUUAGCAGCAGAUGGCAAGAUCUUGGUGCACGCCAUCAAAAAAGGGAGUAACGCGGAGAAGGCGAGGAUCAUCAUGGUAGGAGAUACUCUAAAGAAGGCCAGCGACUCUUCUGGUGGCAGUCUUGUGGAAAUCAAGGAUUUUGGUGAUACCGAGAAGAUGCUGGUAGAGAGAACUGGAUCGUUUAGCCUUGUUCUUGAAAGACCAUUCUCCCCGUUUCCAGUUCAGUAUCUGCUUCACUUGAGCGACCUUGAUGUGCUCUAUAACAGAGGACGUGUGCCCUUUGUUACUUGGAACAAAAAUCUUCUGUCGUCGAACCUGAGAGCAAAUCAGGGCAGUGGAAACUCUGGCUACGCUGCAUUUUCCUCCAAAUUCUCUACUCCUCAAGGAUGGAAACUUUUGACCAGGCAGAGCAAUUCCUUUCAAUCUGGGACGCACAAGAACAUUCUCUCUCCACCUAUCAGUCCACUGGUCUGUGUCUUCUCAGAAGACGAGCCUGGAGAUGGGGAAUGGGGUUUUGGGAAUUUCCCUCUAGAGGAAUACAUCAAAGCCCUUGACCGAUCGAAAGGAGAGCUGCAUUAUAACCAUGCUCUUGGGAUGCGUUACAGUAAGAUUACAGAGCAGAUAUAUGUUGGUUCAUGCAUACAAACACAAGAUGAUGUCGAAAAUUUGUCGGACGCAGGAAUUACUGCUAUACUGAAUUUCCAAGGUGGAACUGAAGCUCAAAACUGGGGAAUCGAUUCACAAAAAAUCAAUGAUGCAUGCCAGAAAUCUGAAAUCUUAAUGAUCAACUAUCCUAUAAGGGAUGCAGAUUCCUUUGAUCUGAGGAAGAAACUACCACUUUGUGUUGGGCUCUUACUACGCUUACUGAAAAAGAACCAUCGUGUGUACGUAACCUGUACCACUGGUUUUGACCGGUCGUCAGCUUGUGUGAUUGCUUAUCUUCACUGGAUGACGGAUACCUCUCUUCACGCGGCUUAUAGUUUCGUUACAGGAUUGCACGCUUGCAGGCCUGACAGACCUGCAAUUGCUUGGGCAACAUGGGAUCUAAUUGCAAUGGUGGACGAUGGCAAACAUGAUGAACCUCCAACACACGCUGUAACCUUUGUGUGGAAUGGACAUGAGGGGGAGGAUGUAUUGUUAGUUGGGGAUUUCACUGGAAAUUGGAAAGAACCGAUAAAAGCAACACACAAGGGCGGUCCACGUUUUGAGACAGAAGUCAGGCUUUCACAGGGAAAAUACUACUACAAGUACAUAAUCAACGGGGAUUGGAGGCAUUCAACAACUUCACCAACGGAAAGGGAUGAUCGAGGAAAUACUAACAAUAUAAUAGUGGUUGGAGACGUUGCUAGCGUCAGGCCUACUAUUCAACAACCAAGAAAGGAUGCAAAUAUCAUAAAAGUGAUAGAGAGAGUGUUGACAGAGAGCGAAAGGUUCAGGUUGGCAAAAGCAGCUCGGUGUAUUGCCUUCUCAGUCUGUCCAAUAAGACUCUGCCCAAAGUAGAAGUCUUUUUAUGUAAUCUAUUGUCAUAAGUGAGAUAUUACAUCAACACCUCUGUCUCUAUCCAUUCCUCAAGGUAUAUACUUAUAUAUAUCUUUGUGAAAUUCAGUGCUCAUCUUCAUUUUUUUGCUCCAAAUGAAUAAGUAAAAGCCACGUUCGACACGCUUCAUGACAAGAGAAUGUUGACAUUAUGUUGUGUGUGUUUGCAUGAAAAAUGUCGACAUUCUUUUGCCAUUGCUGCCCCCACUUUACACAUAUAAGUCCUCAAAACGAAACCUAAUGCAUUUCUCUCGUCUGUGUCUUUCUUCUUCAGUUUCUCUCUCUUUUAGCAUGUGAAACGCAACAUAUAUUAGCGCUUACUUUUCUCUCUCUUUUUGAUUUCUCUCCUUCGUUAUCUAUUGCUGGAGAGACGUGUUCAUGCUAAGAGUUUUCACCCGGGUCUGUUACAGUAACAGGGUUACUUCAUAGAGACUAUAAUACUACUCCCCGGUCUAAGUAAAUCCUUCCUUUUGCUUUAAAAACCUCAUGAUGUGCAUCUUCAGGAUUGUGUAUACAAGAGCAGUCUCGGAGCGCUCAUUAUACAAAAAGUAUGGCUUUCUCAUAUGCACCACAAACAAUGGCCUAUGAUCUAAAGUGGGUGGUGUCUAUUUAAGAUGAGAGGGUAAAUGAAGGAGGCUGAUCCUUGUUUUGGCG